AUGAUAGUCCAUCAUGAUUUACCUGAAAAUAAUUGGGGCGAGACUUUUAAAACGGUUUUGGAAGCUCCAGAAUCCUAUUCCAAUAAAAGUAUUAUAAUAAAUUUAUUUUUUAGGGAAUUAUUAUUAUGUAUUUCUUAUAAAGAAGAAUACUUAAAAAUCCCAAUGGUUUUCUACUCAGGGCUUGGCCGCUCCUUCAACCAACAAAUAUUCCCUGACAACUCAGUCCACAUUGGCAUCUCCUCUCUCGCUUUCCACUUCCUCCCCCGUCCCUUUUGUGCAUUUGACCACAUUUUUGUUUCUUCCUCUUCAGAUCUAGCCCUAAAAUCCCAAGCCUCAAAAACCGCCCAUAACUAUCUUGUUAACCUCUUAACCCUACGCCAUAAAGAACUUGUCCCAUCUGGCCGACUUCUUAUAGUUUUUCCUACAGAAACCAUUGGAAAUCUUUUCCCUUCGAUAAUAUUGCAAACAGUCAAUGAAAAUAUGCAUGCAAAAGGCGUCAUAAAUGAAGAAGAAAAGCGAAAUGUGACUAUUCCUGUAUAUACCCUAAGAAUACAUACAGUUUUUUCUGGGUUAUCAUAUAACUCAAUAACUUAUCUGCUGGGUUUUUCUGCUAUUAAUUUAUGAGCCAACGCCAUUUUGGUAAAUCCAGGCCUGAUGAUUUGGCUUUACCAGAUUUUUUGCCAUGUUUGAGCUGACGAUUAGCAGGCUUUAUUGUUGAUAGCCCCAAGGCUAUAUACCUUCCCAAAGUAUAUGCCAGAAAUGAUGAAGAAUUGAGAAGGACACUUGAAGAGGUUGGAAAUUUGUACAGAGUUAUAGAGUGGAAAAAGGCUGACGAUGAAUCGAGACCAACUGAGGAGAAUAGAGAGGAGCUUUAUGAAAGCUUAAAAGUGCUGGCCGUCUCACAUUUGGAAGCGAUUUUGAAGAAGGUAGUGAAGAGAGAGGUAGGACCAGUUGUGGAGGAGUAUAAAAAAGAGGUAGAGAAGGUUUUAGGAGAGAUCCCUUUUACGAGUUUCCCAACUUUUCAUUUAGUUGUACUGGAAAAAAUAUUGAAUUAG